AAUGAUGGAGGCAUUUGUAAGUGAUUUAUAUGAAAUUAGAGAAAAAGAAAAUCAGUGGUUUUCAUCAUCCUUAAACAGUGAAGAACCAGGUUUUAUUUAUAAUGAGCUAUCGAGUCACGAACAUGGACAUUCUGCAAUACCUUUUGCCUAUUCUUCACCUCUAAAUGAUCAAUAUAUGUUUCCAUCGAUACAAAAUAUAAAUAAUAUUGUAGAUUACGGGCUUGAAAACCAUAAAAAUUCUUUUGGAAUAUAUAGAAAUUCGAAUGGAUAUAAAAAAUAUGCAUCUAAUGAAAUAAACCUCGAAUAUAACCAAAAAUCCCUUUUAAACACAAUAGAAAAAACUGAAAACGAUUUUCUUGAUUCUUCUUUUUAUGAAGUGGAAAAUGCUUUACUUCUCAAUGAAAAAAAGCUUAAUACAUUUAUCUCAUCUGAUAAUAAACAAUUAGUUCCUACCGAGAAACAUAUUAAUGAUCUUGAUGUUUUUAAUGGUACUACAAAUAUUAAUAAUCCGGAUGAUAAUUUUAUAUCAAUAUGGGAGGAUACUCAAAACUUAAUGUUAUCAUCUCAGAUUUUAUCUAAUACUGAUGAUGAACCUCAACAAACUUCCAAAUACUUAUCUACUAUUAAUAUAAAUUCUAAUAUUUAUAAUCAACCACAAAAUCAAACGCUUGAUAUAUCAUCUAUGAUUAAUACAAAUGUCAAAGACAAUGCCUUUUCUCCAAGAUGCUUCUCUGAUUUAAGGAUAAACAGUGAAUAUGCAUUUGAUUCUGACAUGAUGUUAAAAUCUUCUGAUUUUCAGGCUACUUCAAAACAGUUUCAAAAAAACUUUUGUAAUCGUCUAGCUAAUCAUUAUAAUUUAGAAAAUAUCUGGAAACCAUUAUUUAUGGAACCCAAUACAAUAUGUCCAGCGUCAUUAUCCUCACCAACUUUUUCUUAUCAAUACACUAAAGACAAUAACUCCAGUAAUUCUUCAGAAACUCAAAAUUGUUUAUGGAAGAUAUCUUCAGAAAAUUUAACAUCAACUCCUUCCACAUUAAUUUCUACUUCAAUACCUUUAAUCUCUCAAAACAUAAAUCAAGAUAAUCCAACACUUACAUCUUUUAUUCGCUCGUAUAAUACAUUAAAAACUCAAUACUCUAUGAAACAAGUGCAUUCUAUACUUACUAUUCAUAGAGUUAUAUUUAAACUUAAUCAUUAUGCACGAGGGCUAGAUUGGAAGCAUUUUCUUACUGCAUGUCUUCAACCAUUAUCAAAUUAUACACCUCCUAUUGUUUUGCCAUGGAAACCUGCUUAUGUUCAUUGUUUAAAGGGAUAUGAAGAAUGCUGGAAUUGGGAAUGGGCACCUAAGAAUCGAGAUUCUAAACCAAAAGAAGAAAAUAAUCAAAAGAAUAAACUAUUAUUUCUUCCUCCAAACCUUCCCUUUGGCUCUAAAGAUGUUCCUCUAUUUCUCAAUUCGAAAAAAAGAAUUAAUCCAUCCAUGUUAACAAAAGCUUUGGAAAACUGUCCUCAAGAAUUUAAGGAACUGAUUACUUAUAAAGAAGAAGAUUUUGUUAUGCAAUGUCCUGCUAUUUAUUUAAGAUUGAGUACGGAAAUGAAAGCACCAAAUUUAGCGCCACAAUUAAGAAAUAAAGGACUUAAGCCAAUACCAGCAGAUGAUCGAUUUUAUUAUAGAUCGAGUUUAUUUGAUCCAAUUGUACCUUUAGAUCAUUAUACAAUAUCUAGCGAACUUCUUGUUCAUUCAGAUCCUAACGAGAGACCAUAUCAAAAUACGAAAUUUGAAUUUAUUGAUCGUUAUAAUCCCGAAUAUUAUCGUUAUAAAGGAAGUAAAAAACAAGCACAUUGUUCUCUUUGUCCCCCAGGUGGGUAUGAUACUGGAGAUGAUAGCAAAAAUGACAUUUUCUCUGUUGGAAAUUGGUAUGUAACAAAAUGUUCUGCUUUUUGGUAUCAUAAAAGAUAUAAACAUGGAAUACGUAAAUAUGGAUAUCCUUAUCCUUAUCCAGAAAAUAUUGAAGUCAUUAAAGACAAAUCUGUACAAGCACAAUGCCCAAUAUGUCAUAAAUGGAUGAAAGCGGGAAUGGUAGAUGAUACAGUUCCUCGAGCAUUCUGGACGCAUUAUGAUCAGUGUUGGAAUAUGGUAGAAGCAAUUUUAAGUCCUAAAAAAAGAAAAAAAGAUGAUGAGCCAUGUGAGAGUAAUAAUAUUUAUGGAAUUAGGUCAAAAUAUACAUCUUAUUCUAAUGGAUUAGAAAAAUCAACGGUUAAAUCUAAGUCAGAACUAAAAGUACAAGGAAAAGAAAAAGAUGAUGAUAUAGAAGAUGAAGAAAUGGAUGAACCCGUUGUUUUACCUACUAUUUUGCCCCCCUUGGAAAUUGAUGACGGUGAUGAGUAUUUCCCGGAGGAAGACGAAUUCAGCUUUGUCAUCCUAAAAAAGACAAUAUAAUGUCAUUCAGUCUCUUGUUUUAUUAUGUUCAUUACUGUAUUCAUGACUUUCUUGUAUAUUUUAUUG